AUGCCGAAGGGCGAACCCGAGGAGCGCCCGGGGCUCCCGCGGGGCGAGGGGAGCGGCACUGACCCCCUGGCCGGGUCUCAGCCCCGGGCGGGAGCGCUGGGCUGUGCCGGGAAGAGCCGGCGGCCCCGGGAAGCAGCGGGGCCGGGGCGAGGCGAGGGGCCAGCAGAGCAGACCCGGGGCUCGGGAGAGGGCGGAGCGGAGCCGCGGGAGGGGAGAAGCGCCCGCGGGCCGGGAUUUAGAGCGUGGCAGGAAACACGUUGUGAGGUGAAUGAGAAGGGCCUGUCGCCUGAGGGGGACUGCGUUUUGGGAGACAAUGAGGAGGAGAGAAGCUUCCCUGAAGACCUUAAGCAAGAGGAGCUGCCUCAGGUACGUGAAACCCAGAGCCCAGAGAGGGGGCCAGCCUGUGAUGUUUCUCCUCAUGAGCAAAGAGACUUUAGGAAGUUCACCCUUGAUGCUGAUGGCGAGACACUGCACUGUGAAGAGAAACCCUUCAAGUGUCCAGAAUGUGGGAAGGGCUUCAAGGGGCACUGCAGGCUCCUGACCCACUUGCAAAUCCACACAAGAGAGAAGGUGUUUGUGUGUGCAGAAUGUGGGAAGAGCUUUGGCAGGAAGGCCAACCUGGUGGUUCACCAGAGAGUCCAUACAGGGGAGAGGCCUUACAAGUGCAAGGAAUAUCUUCAGAAGAUCUAA